AUGGCCACCUCUUCUUUGCUCCUCCCUUCCGUACCUCUCAACAAUCUCUCCUGCUCCGGAAAUGCCUCCUCCUCCCUCUGCUUCGCCGUCGGCCGAUCUAGGGUUUCCAUGAGCGUCUCCGCUGGAUCUCAGACUACUGUCCACGACUCUUUGUUCGCCGAUUACAAACCCACCACUGCUUUUCUCUUUCCCGGUCAGGGAGCUCAAGCUGUAGGGAUGGGUAAAGAAGCUCAGAGUGUUGCAGCAGCUGGAGAAUUGUAUAAGAAAGCUAAUGAUAUCUUGGGGUAUGAUCUUCUGGACAUUUGUGUUAAUGGACCAAAAGAGAAGCUUGAUUCAACGGUCAUAAGCCAGCCUGCUAUAUAUGUCACAAGUUUAGCAGCAGUUGAAUUGCUCCGUGUUCGUGAAGGCGGUGAACAAAUAAUUGACUCGGUUGAUGUGACUUGCGGUCUCAGUUUGGGAGAGUACACUGCUCUCGCAUUUGCUGGAGCCUUCAGCUUCGAGGACGGGCUGAAGCUUGUAAAACUUAGAGGAGAAGCCAUGCAGGCUGCUGCAGAUGCUGCUAAGAGUGCCAUGGUUAGCAUCAUAGGGUUGGACUCAGAAAAGGUUCAGCUGUUGUGUGAUGCAGCAAAUCAGGAAGUAGAUGAAGCUGACAAAGUUCAGAUCGCAAAUUACUUAUGUCCGGGUAAUUAUGCAGUAUCUGGAGGUCUUAAAGGAAUCGAAGUUGUUGAAGCCAAAGCAAAGUCAUUCAAGGCCCGAAUGACGGUUCGUCUAGCUGUUGCAGGUGCUUUCCACACAAGUUUCAUGGAACCAGCAGUGUCGAGACUAGAAGCUGCAUUGGCAGCAACGGAGAUAAGAAGUCCGAGGAUACCAGUGAUCUCCAAUGUCGAUGCACAGCCUCAUGCAGAUCCAGACACGAUCAAGAAGAUACUUGCACGCCAGGUGACUUCUCCAGUCCAAUGGGAGACAACAGUAAAGACUCUCUUAUCCAGAGGACUUAAAAGCAGCUAUGAAUUAGGACCUGGAAAGGUAAUUGCAGGAAUAUUCAAGCGAGUAGAUAAAAGUGCCAGUGUCGAAAACAUCAGUGCUUGA